AUGUACAUAACAUCAGACCGGCAGCCAGUCUACAGCAACGAAGACUCCGCAAAGGAGCAGAAGAGCUCAGUCGAAAGCUCAUGGCAGCAGAGGACCGACCACUUCCCGCAGGACAAGGUCGAGGAGUUCAAGAGAUACCCAAACGUCACAUCAGAUGCGUUGAGAGGAAGGCGAGAACGACCGCGCCGGGUGAAGAUGCUCAUGCGGGACUUCAUCGAGGACAGCCUGUAUAACCCGCAAUAUGGCUAUUUCAGCAAGCACGCGACCAUUUUCUCACCGGGAGCGCCGUUUGACUUCAACAACAUAAGAGACGAGCCGGAGUUCAAUCGCCUGUUGGGGCAACGAUACGUGGAGUUCGAAGACAAGCUGGACGAAGAGAAUCCGGACGAUACCCGACAGCUAUGGCACACGCCUACGGAGCUAUUUCGACCCUUUUACGGUGAAGCUAUCGCCAGAUACAUGGUAGCGAAUUACAAGCUCAGCCUGUUUCCAUACCACGACCUGGUAAUAUACGAGCUCGGGGCUGGAAACGGUACGCUUAUGCUCAAUAUCCUGGACUACAUUCGCAACGCAGAUAUUGAGGUCUAUGCCCGAACCAAGUUCCGCGUCAUCGAGGUAUCAUCCUCUCUGGCGAAGCUGCAGCAACAGAAUCUGAUGUCGACCGCCGCUAGCAGAGGCCACGCGGACAAGGUCGAGAUCAUCAACAAAUCCAUCUUCGACUGGGACCUCUACGUUCCAACACCGUGCUUCUUCCUCGCACUGGAAGUCUUCGACAACUUCGCGCACGACGUGAUUAGAUACGACCCGAGGACGAACGAAGCCAUGCAAGGCUCGGUCCUGAUCGAUGCCGAAGGCGACUUCUACGAAUUCUACUCUCGUACCCUGGACCCUGUCGCAUCGCGCUUUCUGCGCGUACGAGAUGCUGCUUGCGAAGGACGGCACUAUCCAAGCCCCAUGCAUACUUCGAAAUUAUGGCGCGCGAUACGACACAACCUGCCGUUUGCUCCGAAUUUGACGUUACCGGAGUACAUCCCAACCAGGUUGAUGCAGUUCUUCUCCAUCCUCAGCACAAAGUUCCCAGCGCAUCGGCUCAUCACAUCCGACUUUCACAAGCUGCCUCAGGCUACAUUAGGUUUCAACGCCCCGGUCGUGCAGACGCGGUACGAGCGACGAACUGUCCUGGUUCGAACGCCACUGGUCUACCAAGGCUACUUCGACAUCCUCUUCCCCACCGACUUCGGCGUGAUGGAAGAUAUGUACCGCGCCAUCACCGGCCGAUUGACGCGAGUGAUGACACACGAGGACUUCUUCAGACGAUGGGCGUAUGUGGAGGAUACCCAGAUGCGGAGUGGGGAGAAUGCUAUGCUCGGAUGGUACAAGAACGCCAGUGUGAUGGUAACAGUCUAG